AUAUUACAAAUACCCGCCAACGUGUUUGAUAAGAUACAAGCCCUGUCUGGUGUUACGCAGUUAAAGUUCCAGCAUGAUUAAGUCUUCCUUGGGCCUAAUUUCAUUAGCACUUGGAACGCAGACAGUGACUGACAGACCUGAAAGAAUGCAUGGGUAAAAGUGAUGGGGACCUCUGUCUACAGAUCCCUUCUGCUCAGCACUGGUGGGUUUAGCGUCUCUGCAUAUGUACAAAGGUUUUCAAAAAAAGAAACAGGUGCAAAGCCCAAAGCUGAAUUCUGCAAUCGAGCGAUUCAGGCAGAGAUCAGGAGAUCUCCUGAAGAUGAUACAGGUGUGAAGAAGGAGCCAACUAAAACAGAUGAACGUGUCAACUUGGCUCUUCAAUCUCAAUCCGACAAUCAAGUGGAUAAAAGUCCCCUAGCCCCCAUCACAUCUACAGAAGUGCACGCUGAGGCCAAGAGCUCAGAGCUCAGUAUUGCAAGCACCAAACAUACUGCAGAGAAUAAACCAUCUCGGAAACCCAAGGAGGUCACCAUCAAAAGCAGAGAACCCACACGAACACAGACCUUUAUUAAAGAAACGCAUGAUGUUGGAGUGAACACAGAUGACCGUGAUGCACCUGACUGUCAGAAAGAGGAGGUCACUAUUACUGUUAUAACAGGGGAGACCCAGACUCCAGCCCCUGCUGCCAAACCAGAGCUGAAUGAGGCUACUGCAUCACCUCUUGAGCGGCAUCCUGAUAUUACACAUGACAUUCUCGGUGAAUUAAAAAGAAAGACUUUGGCUGAACAAGGAGCUGGUUCUUCUACACAGGAGCAAGAAGAAGCUAAGAAAAGCUCUAAAAAUGAUGUUGAAGGAGCCAAAAAAACACAGGCAGAGAGAAAAGGGGUCUGCAAAUCCUCCAAAAGCGCUGUACCACUGACAAUAAACAACGAUACCAGCUCUGAAAAAGACUGUGAAGUUUCCUUAACCCCCCUGAAUGGCACUCCCCCAGCCAAAACCCAGAAUGAGCAGAAAACCCAGGCCAGUGAAGCACAAAAUACAGAUAAUGACAGUGUCAAGAAAAAUAAGGCUGAAAAACUCUCCAAAAUUGAGUCACCAAAUAAGUCAGCUGAUCCUGUGCAACGAACUGAGCCUGAGAAGAAGACUUCAGCAACAGAGACCAUCACAGCAUUGGAGACUAAAGCUGAGGAGACCUCAGACACUAAAGCUGUGGUGAAUGCUAAACCUCAAAAAGCAUUGAGAGUUAUCAUUGAUGACAGCCCGUCUCAGCCAGCACCCUUUGAACAUCGUAUUGUAAGUGCUAGGCAUAUGGCAGUUACCUCAUACUACUCGCUCAUUCAGAACGAGCUCUUAGGGGGGGGACGAUUCGGCCAGGUUUACAAGUGUGCAGAGCUGUCAUCUGGCCUCAUGCUGGCUGCCAAGACAAUACCAGUUAAAGACUUGAAGGACAGGGAUGAAGUCAAGAAUGAAAUUGGUGUCAUGAACCAGUUAAAUCAUGUCAAUUUGAUCCAGCUGUAUGAUGCCUUUGAGUCCAAGAACAAUCUGACUUUAAUUAUGGAAUAUAUUGGCGGAGGAGAAUUAUUUGACAGAAUUAUCGAUAAUUAUCAGCUGACUGAGCUUGAUGCCAUCGUGUUUACCAAACAGAUCUGUGAGGGGGUUCAGUACCUGCAUCAGCAGUACAUUCUCCAUUUAGACCUGAAGCCAGAAAACAUUUUAUGUGUAAACCACACAGGAAACCAAAUAAAAAUCAUUGACUUCGGACUGGCAAGAAGGUACAGACCCUGUGAUAAGCUGAAAGUUAACUUCGGCACCCCUGAGUUCCUGGCACCAGAAGUAGUGAACUACGACUUUGUUUCAUUCCCUACUGAUAUGUGGAGUGUGGGAGUUAUCACGUAUAUGCUACUGAGUGGGAUGUCUCCUUUCCUUGGAGAUAACGACACGGACACCAUGAACAAUAUCCUCCAUGGCAACUGCGAGUUUGACUCCGGCUCAUUUGAAAAUGUCUCUGCGGAAGCCAAAGACUUCAUCUCUAGGUUGCUAGUGUCCGAAAAAUGCAGCAGAAUGAGUGCCACCGGGUGCUUGAAGCACAACUGGCUGAACAACUUAGCAGAGAAAGCCAAAAGGUGCCAAGUCCGUCUCAAGUCUCAGCUUCGGUUACAGAGCUACUUGGCUCAUCGACAGUGGAAGAAACAUUUCUAUGUCAUCGCUGCUGCCAAUAGACUGAAGAGAAUCCACCAGCGUGGGUCUGUGAAUCCUGCAUAGAUGGGUCAGGAGGGCUGUACAGGGCUUGACUUUACUACUCCACUCUCAUUUCACGUGAUUGCAUUGCAGGUCUGCCUCUUAUAGACAGAACGGUGAACUGUAGAACAACUACUUCUUUUACAUUAGCUGUAGUAUCUAAGCAUUUUAUUUUAUUUAUUUAUUUUUUGUAAUUAAUGAAGUGGUGAAACGUAUUGUUUAUAAAUGUGACAUGAAUAAUAUUGCUGAGAUUUAUAUACACAUCCAAUGAACAUUAUUACAAAUCCUUGCGUAGUUCUGUUGCUACUUAUCAGCCCACAUUGUAGAAGCCACAAAGAAAAUAUUUUAAAAUCAUAUGCAAAGCUGAUGUCUAUAUAUAGUCAGAGAACCAUUACUUUUGUAAGAAUCUAUACAAAAUGAAUAUAGCAAGGUUUUGUUUUCUUCAGUACUUCAUUAUCGAGUUAGUCAUUUCCAGCUAUAAUUGUAUCAUCUCAUAAUUAUUAGAUUGUGGUAAAACAAUCAUGGGUUUUAUUUGUUUCAAAAUUAUAACAUACAAUUGUAUUAUUUCAGCUGUAUAGUCAUAUUUUUUAUAUGCAAAUAUGUACAAUUAAACUAGAUGUACAAUACUUUUUGAGAUAAAAAGGUGUGGUGUUCUUUUGAAAAAGUAUAUAGAGGGGCAUUUAACCCCUAAUUGGCUAUCACAACUGAAAGUCACACAGUUAGCCAGUGUACUCAUAUACACAACUGUACUUACCUUCUGUGAAGGCAGCAGUGAUUUGGUGUGCAUGCACGUACUUGUGCUGAUCACUACAAACCUACUGAACUGUACAAUGUUAAAAAAUAAAUUGUGAAAGAAUUGUUUUCAGUAUGCGCCAUGCCCUUUUAAAGUCUAAUGAUCUGUGCAUCUCCCAUGGUAACGAAAUUACCAUUUUCACACUGACAGAUAUUACCACUUUGAUUCUAUCAGUAUGUUCCAACAUAUUUAUUCAGAUGUAAAAUAGGCUUAAUUUAAUGCGAUAAUUUUAGACAGAAUUGUCAUGACUACCUUGAUUAGAGACAAUUAACCUUUGUGGCUACGGAACAAUGCUUUGUACCUACUCCCUGUGAAAUGUGACAUGCCUCUCAGCAAUACUAAUUA